AUGAACAUUAAUAACUAAUUACUAAAGAUUGUACAAGAUGUAUAAAAAAUCAUCUAAUUCCAAUAGAUUCAAUUAGCAAUCAAGAGUGAUUUCGAUCUCAAACCCAAUGUGGAUGAAUUGAUUAAAAUAUUGAGAUAACAAGUGACUAUUCUAAUUGAGUUGGUGCAACAACAAAAGAGUGUUGAGUAUGAUUAAUUGGAGAAGGCAGUUCAGAAAGCUGAAGCUGAAAUUCGAAACCAUGUUAGAGUAAUUGUGCAAUUCUAUUAAUUUAGGUAGAAUAGUAAAUGAAGUUAUAUUCAGACAGUCUCCAAGAGAAGAUCGAUUAAUUAGAGAGGGAAAAAUAAGAAUUACUCGACAAAGUACGCUUUCAUUCUACUAGCCAUUAAGAAUAAGACACUUCUUCAAAGUCAGGAACGAAAGAUCUCCUCAUAGAAUGCUACCAGGGAAUCGAGUCCCAGUUUAUUCAAGAAAUCCUACAUUUUAGGCAAUCAGGUGUACAAUAGAUAAUAAGCUACUUCGCAGGACAACUGCGCAUCGGUCAUACAAAAUUGUGAUAGUCAUUAAACCAGAGACAAACGAAGUUCUGGGACCCAACAUUCAUACAUAAUGAUGAAAAACAUGUAUGACAUUUAUAUAAGAUACUCAGUCGAGAAAAAAUCAAUAUGAAUGCUUCUUAGGAAAAGGUUAACGAUAAGAGUUCCACCCUUCUCAAAUCUCAAAAUAGCUCUGCACUCAUUAAGAUGUUUAACAUAUAGAAAUUGAUCAUUAAAAAUCAACAGGAUCAACAUUUGCAGCAAAUAAAAAAGUACUCAUAAUUCUUAUACCCCAUUUAGUAAGACUUUGAAUCAGAUUCUGGAUGAUUCACAAGCUACAAAAAAGAAACCCUGAAAUUAUCG